AUGAAUUGUGUUGUAGAAGGAAAGCUUGAUGGAGAAGUGUUAUAUAAGCCUCAACAGUAUAGAAGUGUAGUUGGGGCACUUCAGUACAUCUUCCAUACAAGGCCAGAUAUCUCGUUUGCUGUUAACAAAGCUGCGCAGUUCUUGCAAGAGCCCACUGAGGUUCAUUGGCUAGCAUUCAAGCGCAUUCUGAGGUACUUGAGAGGAACGCUGGAGACUGGCCUCUGGUUUCCUGCUCAAGCACAAAAACUGAUGACACUCAAUGCCUUCUCGGACUCUGAUUGGGGAGGAGAUGUUGAUGACAGAAGGUCGAUCUCUGGCUAUUGUGUGUACAAUGGGAACCACCUGCUGGCAUGGUGUUCAAAAAAACAACGUGCAGUUUCCAGGUCCACUGCAGAAGCUGAAUACAGAAGUCUCGCGGAUGCCACCUCUGAAGUUGUAUGGAUCAAGGCUAUGCUGCAAGAGAUGCAUAUUGCACUCCCUGGAGAGCCUAAACUGUGGUGCGAUAAUACCAGUGCAGUAGCUAUGGCUGCAAACCCUAUAUUGCAUGCAAAAAGCAAGCACAUCGAGCUCGAUUUGCAUUUUGUACGAGAGAAUGUGGCAGCACAUGAAGUGCAAAUCAAUUAUGUACCAACCAGUAGCCGAAUUGCAAACAUACUAACUAAACCUCUUCCCUUAGCCAAAUUUGAUUUGUUCAAAAGUAAAUUGUGUGUCUUUGAGCUAAAGGAGGUUUGUAAGAAACAGGGUGAAUGUUAA